UUAUUCGAUCGAGGAUAAGUGGGAUUUCUUGAAGCGCAUGCGCAAUCGCUGGACGAUAAAUCGUUUAUUGUGUUCGAGAAUGGCGGACUACGACGAUUUAAAGCAUAUGGUGAUGAGCUUCAGGGUCACUGAGCUCCAGGUUUUGCUAGGGUAUGCCGGACGAAACAAAAGUGGGCGUAAACAUGAACUCCAGGCACGAGCAUUGUCUCUCCUUAAAAACAACUGCAGUACCCCUGUGCAAAUCAAGAUAAAGGACUUGUACCGUAGGAGGUUUCCUCGAAGACUAGUAGCUCCUCCUCCUUACCUUUCCUCGAUAUCUUCUGAACAGCCGUCAAAACUGCCUAACCACUCUUUGAACUCGAGUUCUAUGUACUCGCAGCAGCAUGGACAUUCACAGACACAGCAUUCUCCGCCAUCGUCUGGUCAUCACCAUACCUCCUCCUCUCAUGGACUUUCUCAUCCGUCGCAUAAUUCACACAACUCUCACAGCUCACAUUCUUCCCACUCGUCACAUGGAGGAUCGCAAACCAAUCUGCACAGUAGCUCACACAGUAGUUCGCACAGUAGUUCGCAUAGUUCGGUAUCUCCUCUGGGUUCAUCUGUCCACGCUACGCAAGCAUAUCAUCCAGAUGUAAAGCUCAAAGUUUUACCCUUCUUUGACAUUCUGGCAGAACUCGUCAAACCAUCAGCACUUAUGGUUUCUGGGAAAUACCGAGAUGCACAGCAGUCGACACUCUUCCACCUUACACCUGCCCAGAUCCAACAAAUCUUAGAAUCACAGGAUCCAAGAACACGCAGCUUUGCAGUACAAGUUCAGCUCAGAUUUUGCCUAGCAGAAACCAGCUGUGAACAAGAUGAUCGCAUUCCAACUAGUGUUACAGUCAAAAUCAAUGGCAAGCUAUGCACCCUACCUCCAUGUCAUCCACAGAACAAGCCAGGGGUAGAGGUCAAACGACCUGGUCGACCUAUCAACAUUACUCAGCUGACAAGACUCAAUGCAACCAUGCCUAACUACAUUGAAAUCCAAUGGAUACCAGAAUUAGGACGGUCGUACUGCUUGUCUGUAUACCUGGUCCGUCAACUCAAUUCUGAGGUCUUACUUACGAGGUUACGAAGUAGAAGCGUCAGAAACCCAGAUCACUCAAGAGCGCUUAUCAAGGAGAAGCUAACGCAUGAUCCAGACAGUGAGAUAGCGACUACCAGUCUUCGAGUGUCUCUCAUUUGCCCUCUUGGUAAGAUGAGGAUGUCUGUACCAUGCAGACCCAUCACCUGUUGUCAUCUUCAGUGCUUUGAUGCAUCCCUCUAUAUCCAGAUGAAUGAAAGGAAACCAACUUGGAUAUGUCCGGUUUGUGACAAGAAAGCUCCUUUCGACUCACUGGUCAUUGAUGGCCUCUUCCUUGAGAUCUUACGGAACCCACCAGAGAGCAAUGAGAUCAUCUUUGUUGAAGAUGGUUCCUGGACACCGCUUGGUCCUAAGCAAGACAAACCUUCUCACGUUCUUUCAUCACCUUGUACUGCAUCAUCAUCAGCAGCAUCGUCAUCUCACUCCAGUUCUUCGGCAGCUGCACCAAGCUCCUCUAAUGCUCAAUCAGCAGGCAGUCCCAAACCUAAAGAAGUGGUCAUUGACCUGACAUUGAGCAGUUCUGAUGAAGACGAUGACGACGAUGAUGAGGAGGAUGAUGUGCCCCUUGUACCUGCCACUUCCAGGGAGUCAGAACCACAGAAGGUUGACAGUGACAAGGAGGGCGAUGUUGUAGAAGGCAUGGAAGAGGAAGAAGAGGACGAUGAUGACGAUAGGACAAUCGUACAAGAAUACACCACACGGGAGCAGCAGAUUCAAGAUGACGACGACGAUGACGACAUUAGGGAGGCACCGGUGACGUCGUCAAGCACGGACCAGGCGAGCGGCCGUGUGGAGAGAGGCCGGGAGACGCCGCAUAUGCCUCCCUUGCCCAUGCUGCCUACGCCAACGUCCAAAGGGAUGCGGUCAACCUUCAUGGAGAGUGGCUCUCAUUCCUUGGUGCCUCCUGUAUCAGCAAUGGGCCAUCGUAUGAUGCCAGGGAUAGAUCUGCCAGGACCAGGACCUCUCUCUAUGUUCCCAGACUACUCCUCACUCCUAGGACUGCAUUCCCUCCCUGCUAACUCCUCAGAAUACCAAGACUUGGACCUUUAUUCUUUGCUUCAGAGUGAUAGAAUCCAGUACCCACCCCCUCCCUACUACAUUGAUCAGCAAGGAGCAAGCCGUAGCAGCAGCGUGGCCACCAGUUCUACAACAAGCAGAGCUGGUAGCACAGGCAGCGGUCAUGGCAUAGGACCUCCUGACGUCAUCCCUCUGGACUAGACUCUUCUACAGACUUGGUUCCCUUCACAUCCUGUUUACAUUUGCUGUAAGCUGUGUGCAUGUAGCGGUACAAUGGUUACAUCAUUGUUCCUCCUGUUGUGAUCUGUCUGGACUCUGGACUACUCUUCUGCCGUAGUCCCCUCCAUAUUAUGUACAUGUCCAUCACUAGCAGGACAAGUGCUGAAGUUGAUCCUCUGAACCAGGCCAUGUCCAACUCCAAACCCUCAAGUAAUACAAUCAUGUUAAUGCUCAAGACUUGAUCAAGACUCCUUAAAGAAGUACUGCAUAGGUCCAUUACCUCGCCCACAGACCUUUGACCGUUAGAGCAGCAGCAGCUCACCAAGGCAAUAUGUUCAAGACAUUUUGCCUCGUCUCUGGACAAGUGCGUCUUCACUCGCCUCAUUCUUUGAUCAGCAGAGUCACGGCUUAGACAGUACAGACAGUGGGUGCGUCGUGGUCUAGUUGUUCCAACUCUCGCCUUUGAAACAGAGGGUCGUGGGUUCGAAUCCUAGCCAUGG